CUGCUGCAACUAGUGAAAACCUCACCAAAGAAAAUUGGGACCUUAUAACAAAAUUAUGCGAAAAGACUGAAAAAAGUGGGGAGCAAGGUGCUCGCGAUUGUGUAGCUGCUAUUCAAAAACGGCUACAACACAGGAAUCCUAACGUUCAAGGCUUUGCCUUGACGCUCUCGAAUUCUCUUGUCAAAAUGUGUGGUACAGCUGUGCAUAAAGAAAUAUCUUCUCGUAUGUUUACACAAACCUUGACUCGUAUAUUGCAAGAUAAGAGUACGCACGAAACCGUAAAAAAUCGAGUGCUUGAUUUGAUUCAAGAAUGGAGCAAUGAAUUUCGUUCCAAUGAUACUAUGGGUCUUAUGGAAGAAACUAUGAAUAAUUUACGAACACAAGGUUUUCAUUUCCCUUCCCCAGAAAAACCUAAAAAAGAAUUAAGCGAAUAUGAACUUGAGAAACAGAAAAAGGAAGAGGAAGAACAGCUUCAAUUGGCUAUGGCACUUUCUCUUUCCUCUGCAGAAAAAAGUGGACAACGAAAGGUUUCUUCCACAACACCCGUAACUUCAACCACAUCGCAACCUCCAUCGCAGCCUCCAUCGCAGCCUGUAUCACAUAGUCAGCAUUUAUCUCCUAGCGUCUCUAAGGUUAAAGCAUUAUAUGAUUUUGAUCCUACAGAAUCUGGAGAACUUGGUUUCUCCCGUGGUGACGUUAUCACCGUAUUAGAUAGUGUGUAUAAAGAUUGGUGGCGUGGUGAGUUACGUGGUAAGACGGGUAUAUUUCCUGUCAAUUAUGUAGAAAAGCUUCCGGAACCAACUGCCGCAGAUAUUGCAAAAGAAGCGGAAAUUGAAGCUGCUAUUUUUGCUGAAGGUCGAAACAUUGACCAAUUGUUAGAAUUGUUGGCAGGGCUUGAUGUUACCAGAGAUAGCGUCACAGAUAAUGAUCACAUUCAGAAUUUGUAUAACAACACUUUACCGGCCACUACAACUUACGAUAGACUUAUGGCCGAAUCUUUAAAAAAAUACGAGGCAUAUAUAAAUCCAACCCCACAACCUCAAUUUAAUUAUCCACCCGCAACUACUGGUUAUAAUGUUCCGCCUGCGCAAAAUUUUCAACAAAAUUCUGGUGGAUAUGCUGACUCGGCAGCAGCGCAUGAAGUUGUAGCAAAACUUAACGCUUAUCAACAAGCAAAUCAGCAACAAUAUCCUUCCACCCAACCUCAACAAGAUAAUGUAAAUCAACAACCACCUAAUAAUUAUCAAACACAGUAUCCAUCUCAAGAUUUUGCGGCUUCAGAAAAUCAACCGAUUUCAAAUUACGUCACCCCAGAUAAUAAAUUAAACGCUGGCUCCACACCUAAUUAUUUACCUCAACAAUCUCAACAACAUCAAUCAUAUCCCACCCAAAACACUCAGGAACAACCCAAUCAAUCGAGUUAUCAUCAAACUUCCCAUCAAUAUUUACCACAAGCAGAUGGAUCUGCUGGUUAUCAAGCACAAUCUUCAGCUUCCCCCGCACCUGAAAUUGUAGCUACUACAGGAGGACAAUCAUCUGCUAAUUAUAAUACUUAUAAUUCUCCCCCUCCAAAUUCUAAUAGUAGUGUUAGUUCGUAUUCAUUUAAUGAUGCUUCAUAUACUCCUACUACAGUUCAGCAAACAUCAUCAGCUCCCCCAUCAACGCAAAAGCAACAAGCUUUUUCAUUAGCACAGAUAUCACAACAUAUUCAGAAUUUGCCAGAACAACAGACACAAUCAGCUUAUCCACCAAAUACACCACAGCAACAACAAUAUCCUCAACAAAAUUCAUACUAUAAUGCAUCUCAAAGUGCAUCAGCUCCUUAUGGUACUCCUGUUGCCCAACCUGAAUUCGUUUAA